AUGAAGUUGGAAAUUGAGAUUGGUUGGAUACUUGGAUACUUGGAUAGAUUGGUUGUGGAUUGUAUUCAUGCUCGACAAUGCUGGAGUAUUCUUGGGUGCCAACCGAACUCUGCUCAUUUCUCAUCUGUCCAGGAAUGGUUCAUCUUUCUAUCAUCAUCUUUGCCUAGGGAUCAAUUAUGCACAGUGAUCGUGUGUUGCUGGGAAAUUUGGAGGCAAAGAAACGACAAGAUCUGGAACAACAAGAGGAUUCAAAGUGCAGAGACCAUUGUCUUUAAAGCUUCGAAGUAUCUGCAGGAUUGGAGAGAAGCAGCCUUACCAUCCUUACCAGUUAAUGAGGAGUCGACUACUGUGCAACCUAAAUGGUCAAAACCACAGGAAGGUUUUCACAAACUAAAUGUCGAUGCAGCGAUAGACUCAAUCAACGGCAAGAUGGGCUUUGGGUGCGUCAUCAGAGACGAACACGGCACUUUUGUAGCAGCUAGAGGAAUUCAAUGGGAUGGUGUUUUCUCACCCAGGGAAGCUGAAGCUACUGCGAUCAGGGAAGCACUGAGCUGGAUUAAAGAACUAAACUUGAAUAAAGUCAGCGUUGAGACGGAUUCUCUUCAAGUGGUCAACAGUCUCAAAUCGAGUAUAGGAGAAUCCUCUUUCCAUGUAAUCCUUAGUGAUAUUAAAAACGUAUUGUGCGACUUUUCGCAUGUGUUUUUAUCCUUUGUAAAGCGAUCAACGAACGGUGUAGCUCAUGCUAUAGCUAGAUAUGCCGUUUCUAGUUCUGGUUGCUCCGAGUGGCUUUCUAUUCCGCCACCUUUCCUUUGUAAUGCUUUGUCUACGGACUUGAUGAAUUAA